AUGCGUACUUGUAGCGUUAAAGGAUGCACUAGUACAAAAAACAAUCYCACGAUUUCCUUUUUUAAACCUCCAAAAGCCAAUUAUUUAACUUGRAAAUUAGCAGUAAGUAAYGCUAAUUGUGAGGAGACAGUUGUAAAAUAUGUAUGUGCUGAACAUUUUCGUCCUGAUGAAAUAUUAAAUAACUAUUUGGUACCACACGAUAUUCCCAAUAAAUUUGGAAACAGUGAUCGCAAUAGAUUAAAAAGGGGGAUUGUUCCUUCCAUUUUUCCUCUUGUUCAAGAAAAAAGUAAUGAUAUUUUAUCUYCCAUCAACAAUUCAAAUUCUGAUCACAAUUAUGCCAAGUGUUCAAGUAAUCAAGUUAAUAAAUCGGUCCGGAGAGAGUUAUUCAUUGAACCGUAUGAGUUAGAUGAAGAGCUUCCAAAUAAACGUUUAAAAUUAUUUGAAGAUACGAUUAAUGAGAUACUAACAUUUAAUGACUUAACAAUACAUUUUAAAAAAGCCGUAUUACCAGAAGGGUGGAUAACACAUUUUAGUCAUCAUGAAAUUGUUUUUUAUAAACCACAGUUCAAUGAUGGUAAAAUGAAAAUUGAAAAACAAUUAGUUUUUAAAGGUACAUUGGAAAUAUGUGUAUAUGUUCACCAAUUUACUACUGAAAUUAAAAAAAUAAGCAACACAUUAAAAUAUCCAAUUAGCUUAAGAAAACUGUCUCAAGCAAUUAGGAUACUUGAUCUAAAAAAUAUUUGUGUAGGUGGUCCAAGAUCAAUAGAUUUUCCAGGAGUUCGGAUAAAAACUGCAACCUUGGAUAAUAAUCAAUUCUGGCGUCACCAAAAAUGUACAAUUUUUACUGAGAAUAAAAAAUGUACAGCUUGUAAGAACUUGACUAAAUGUUUUAGAAAUUCGUUGAUUAAAGAAAAAAAAUCAACAYAUAUUGGAUGUACUCUAACACCAACCAGACGUAGAAUAUUAAAAAAUAUUAAAAGUAGUAAAAGAAAUUUGCAAAAAUCAAAUUCAAGGUUACAGACUAUUAUUAAAGAUAUCAACUUUGAAUUAGAAGAACUACAAACAAAAACAAAUACAAUAUCAAAUGACUCUAUACAAAAUAUCUUAGACUCCGAAAAGUUAAGUAAUCCUCAAAAAAUUUUAGUCAAAGAAAUAAUAAAUACAAGUACAGUUUUGGCUCAGUUAGUCAUAAAAGCGAUUUGCCUUCUUGAGAAUGCUGGUGCUAAGGUGGAUGGAUUAGUGUCAGACGGAGCAACUAGUAAUAGAAAAUUAUGGUCUGAACUGGGAAUAAGUGGUGAAAAAGAUACUUUAAAAAACAAAUUUAACCAUCCUUUGGACGAUAAAAGACAUAUUUACGUGUUCUCUGAUGCACCACAUCUUCUCAAGAAUGUACGGAAUAGAUUAUACAACAAAAAAAGUUUAAGAGAAUCACCAAAAAAACUCUAUAUUAGAUGGAAUGAUUACGUUGAAGUCUUUAACAAUGAUUUGAAAAAUAGUUCUGAUGCACCAACUAAAGUGUGCCCUAAAAUCACACAUGGGCAUAUAUUAAUUGAUAGUUUUAGUAAGAUGAAUGUUAAACUGGCUGCACAAAUUUUUAGCAACUCAAUGGCCAGAGGAAUUGAAUUUUACAGGGAGUAUGCUAAAAUAGAGAGCUUAAAAAAUAGUUAUGAAACACAAUCAUUCACUGAUCGAUUUAACAAAUUUUUUGAUGCUUUAAAUCGAAAACACCCUGCAGAGGGCAUACAAAUAAAUAGCAAAGACUUUGAGAUUUUAGAAGAUAAUCUUAAAUGGCUUGAUAWUUGGGAAGACCAACUAAAUAAACAAAAUAUUUCCAAAGAUGAAUUUUUAACUAAAUCAACUGCGGAUGGUAAAAGRUGUUAUUCAGAAAAACCAGAAGCUGCCCUUAUAAACUUGAAAUCAAGAGRUGGUUUGACUCAUYCUAAUAAAUUCAUAUUCAAAAUAUUGUCAAAUGUUGAAAAUUCAUUUCAACAUUGA